CAAAAACAAGGACGAUGAAUGGUCAAGUCAGUGACGUCACUUCCGCCGUGAGUGACGACGUCACCAGCCGUGAUGACGUUUCCGAUGAGUUGAUGUCAGUGAUAAGGAGUCUGACGUCAUCACGCAGAUACGUGCCGCAGUGGUACGUGUACGACACACGCGGGUCGGAGAUGUGCGAGGAAUUGAUACAGAAGUCUGAAACCUACAAUGUCUGGCAACACGAGUACAGCAUACUCCAGGCUCACGCAGACGAAAUCGCCGGUAAAGUCUCGCCCCCAGCCGUUCUCGUGGAUCUCGGCAGCGGUGGGUCCUCCAAAACGCGCCUGGUUAUCGAGGCUAUGCGGAAGCGGCGCGAAAACUUCACGUUUGUUCCAGUGGACAUGGCGAAGGAGUAUAUCGAGUCGUGCGGUCGGCAGCUGGAGACAGACUACCCCGAGCUGACCGUGGAGCCGUUCGGCGGACUGUACAUGGACGGGCUGCGGCACGUGUCCGCCCGGGAGGAGCCCAAGUUACUCCUGUUCCUCGGCUCCAGCUUCAACAACAUCUCCGUCCACGAACAGGGGAGGUUUCUGCGGGAGAUACGGGCUCAGCUCAGGGCCCCAGACAGGUUCGUGAUUGGGUUGGACAUGAACACAGACCGGGAGGCGGUGUGCCAGGCGUACGGGAAACAGUGGACACCGAUAUGGCGAGACAACCUCAUCGACAGAUUCAAUAAGGACUUCGGCGGGACCAUGGACGCGGAGAAGUUUGAGUACCAGGUGGACUUUGUGGAGAAUCCUGCUGACGGAGACACGCCGAGUUACGUGGUGGGGUAUCUCAGGAGUGCCGCAAGGCAGAGGGUGCACUUUGAAACGCUCGGCCUCGACAUUGACUUUGAAGACGGCGAAAAGAUUUACUUCUACGAGGGGCCGAACACAAGCUGCAAGUUUAACCCCAGACAAAUACGCUGCCUAGCGGAGAGAAGCGGAUUUACAGUAGAUGCUCUCUGGACCAACGAUGAGGAGAAUUAUGGUGUACGUCUGUUUGGCACCGACAGAUUUUAUUCCUACCGCAGUUUAAGGUUCCUCAAAAGAUAG